AUGGCCAGUCCUACUGUACUUACCUUUGACGCUGAGGGCCGCCCGAUUAAGUUCGAUGUUUGGCUCGAUGACCUUCACCUCUACCUUCAGAUCACCGCCAAGGACGAUAUUUCUCUUUAUGACCACACGUCCGGCGCCGCUCCCGCACCUGCUGCUGAUGCUGAUAGCACCUUGCGCUCGCAGUGGCAGACCCGUGACGCUCACGCUCGCCUAGCCGUUCGCAGCCACCUGCCGUUAGAUGAGCGCGAGCAUUUUGGCCAGCAUAAGACCGCCAAGGAACUGUACGACGCCGUAGUCGCGCGCUACUCCUCCCCUGCCACUGCUACUAUAGGCCGUCUCUCACUGCCCUACCUCUUUCCCGACCUGUCCGCCUUUGCCACUGUCGCUGACCUCAUCACCCACCUCCGUACCAGUGACCUCCGCUACCGUGCCGCGCUCCCCCCCGAUUUCCUCGCCAAGAACCCCCCCCCGAUGUACCUCACACUGUACCACCUUGUCACCCGCCUCCCUGACUCCCUUCGCACUGUCAGGGACCAGUUUCUCGCUCUCUCCCCCACUGACCUCACUGUCGACCUCCUCGAGAAGGAACUCCUAGCAGCUGAGAAGAGUAUUGUAGCUGUAGGUGCCUCUCGUGGUGACCCUCGCACCCCCUUCUUUGAAGGGUGCUCCCCCUCCCCCCUCCUCCCCUCCAUUGCAUCUGCUGCUGCUGUCGACUACCUCGGUGCUGAGGGAGUCGGGACUGCGUCUGCUCCCAGUGGGAGGCGCAAGAGCGGCAAGGGCAAGGGGGGCAAGGGUGGUGGAGGUGGAGGUGGGGGCGGCGGCGGUGGAGGGGAAGGGGGGGGCGGGGGUGGUGGCGGAAGUGGGAGUGGUGCGGGUGGUGGGGGGGUCAGUGGCGGCGCAGGGGGUGGUGGCGGCGGCGGCGGUGGUGGGGGUGGGGGUGGUGGAGGAGGUGGUGGCAGUAGUGGCGGUGGUGGGGCGGGUGGCGGGCGCAGUGGAGCGGUGCAGCGUGGGGGGUUCGGAGGUGGCCAGAGGCAGCCGCAGCAGCGUCCUGGCGAGACUCCCUCGCCCCAGCAGCUUCGUGAGUGGUACUCUCAGCGUGGGGGGUCUGGGGGUGGGGGCAUUUCCUCGUACGUCAUCUGCACAGGUGAUCGCACUGGCCAGACUUGUAGGAGGUUCCACCCGACACAGUGCUGCUUCUCUCGCCUCGAUGACGCCUGGCGCGAGCAGUUCCCUGACGCCUCUGAGCUGCCUCGCUGGGCUGAUCUGCUUAGGAAGGGAAUUGAUAUCUUUGCUCUUGAUUAUGAUGCUAUCCUUGCUGCCAUGUAUGCAUUGACUAUUAGUGCUGAGGGUGACUGUUACCUGAGUGUGCCGCCUGACCCAGGUAUUGGUACUGGUAUGGCUGCUGCGCUAGGUGCUAGUGCGUCUACUUCUGCUGGUACUGAGUCUGCUACAGCACUGCACACCUUCACCCUGGACUCAGGUGCUUCCCGCUGUUUCUUUCAUGACCGCACAGUCCUUGAGCCACUCGCUCGGCCUGUUGCUGUCUCCCUUGCUGACCCCUCUGGGGGCCCGGUCCUUGCGACCUCCUCCACUGUCCUCCCUUGUCCUGCGGCCCCGUCUGGCACUUUGUCGGGUCUUUACCUCCCCUCGUUCUCUACGAACUUGGUGGCGGGCUCUGCUCUCCAGGACGGGGGUGUUCACCAGUUCACCCCUGCCUAUGAGCGAGUGACCCACUGUACGUGUGCUCGGACGGGUCGCCACCUGGCUACCUUCACUCGGCAGCCGGGGUCCGACCUGUACACACUGACCACUGAGUCCCCUCAGGUAGCUGCGUCUGCGUCUGCGUCAGGUCAGCUGUCGGCUCCCUGCUCGUGUCGCUCCCUGUCGCACCAGACCGUCCUCUGGCACCACCGCCUUGGUCACCCCUCCGUGCAGCGCCUUCGUGGCAUGCACUCCCGUUACCUUGUCUCUGGUCUUCCCAGAGUUCUCCCUCCCCUCCCACCCUCGCCUGCUCCUCCUUGUCUUCCCUGUGUCGAGGGGCGGCAGCGCGCCACCCCUCACUCCUCCUCGUUCCCUCCCACAGAGGCUCCUUUGCAGACUCUUCACCUGGACGUGUGGGGCCCAGCCCGCGUCCGGGGACAGGGCCACGAGCGGUACUUCCUGCUGGUCGUCGACGACUACUCGCGCUACACCACGGUCUUCCCCUUGCGCACCAAGGGUGAGGUCCCUGAUGUUUUGAUCCCUUGGAUCCGCGCUGCUCGUCUCCAGCUCCGCCAGCGGUUCCAGUCGGACUUUCCCGUCCUGCGUCUGCACUCUGACAGGGGUGGUGAGUUUUCCUCCGCCCUCCUGGCUGCCUACUGUGCGGAGCACGGCAUCCGCCAGACUUUCACUCUUCCGGACUCCCCACAGCAGAAUGGGGUUGCUGAGCGCCGCAUUGGUUUAGUCAUGGAGGUCGCUCGUACCUCCAUGAUCCAUGCGGCUGCCCCCCAUUUCCUGUGGCCGUUUGCAGUGCGGUACGCUGCGCAUCAGCUCAACCUCUGGCCCCGUGUCUCUGUUCCGGAGACCUCGCCCACAUUGCGUUGGACGGGGGAGGUUGGCGAUGCGUCGGUGUUCCGUGUCUGGGGAUGCCGAGCCCUUGUUCGCGAUACGUCCGCGGACAAGCUCUCCUCCCGUGCCGUUCCCUGCGUCUUCCUUGGCUUUGUCCCUGACGCGCCUGGCUGGCAGUUUUACCACCCCACCUCGCGCCGUGUCUUUGCCUCUCAGGACGUCACCUUUGACGAGUCGGUACCCUUUUACCGUCUCUUCCCCUACCGCACUGCCCCCCUCCCUCCCCCGCCGCUGUUCCUCGCUCCAGGUCCCCCUUCCCUAGACCCCCUUCCCCCUCAGGGUCCUGCUCCCUCAGGUGUCUCUCAGGUAGACCCUCCUCCCGUCGCUGAGCCUGUCGAGGUCACAGGUGACUCAGGUGCUGCUGCGGGUGGUACUGCUGGGGGUGCUGAGCCUGGGGGUGCUGAGCCUGGGGGUACUGAGUCUGGGGGUGUUGAGCCUGGGGGUGCUGAGCCUGGGGGUGCUGAGACUGGGGGUGCUGAGCCUGGGGGUGCGGAGACUGGGGGUGCUGAGCCUGCGGGUGCUGAGCCUGUGGGUGCGGAGCCUGGGGGUGCUGAGCCUGGGGGUGCUGAGCCUGGGGGUGCGGAGACUGGGGGUGCUGAGCCUGGAGGUUCUGGAGUUGCCGGUGCUACCACUGGAGCUGGCGGUUUUGGAGCUGCUACGGACACUGGAGCUGCGGGUUCUGAGUCUGCUGUUGCGCAGUCUCCUUGGAGUAGCCGCCUUCGUACGCGUGUACAUCUCACCUCCCAGCAGCUGCGCGACUGGUACGGUCGCCGUCAGCGUCGCGCUCCUGUGGCUCGGGACCCUGCUCCUGGCUUUGCUUCCACUGACGUCACUGGAGCUGCGGGUGGUGCUGGUUUGUUGUCUCCUGGGGGUGCCCACGUCGCUGGUCCCGGAGGUGCUCGUACCGCUGGUACUCGAGCUGCUGGGGCUGGUGGUACUGUGUUUGAGGGUCCUCCUCCUUGA